GGUUUUCUGAUAACUUCAUUUUAGAGACCUUGAUAUAAAAAUCACGGAUACCACCAGUUUCUGCCUCUUGGCCCUGAGACUUCGUAGUGGUAGGCAAAAUGGCUUUUUCUUCUGUAUUUCUUGUUUUCUUAGCUGGCCUGACAUUUUGCUCCGAAGCCUCACCAUCGGACUCUCCCGACACCAAGCAUCCUCUUUACAUAAGAGUUCUGGAUUCACUCCGAGGAACUCCAGCUUCAAAUAUUCCAGUUAAGUUAUAUAAAGAAGCCGCAGAUGGAUCUUGGGAACUGUUAAAUACAAAACAAACCAAUGAAAAAGGAGGUCUCCCCGAGCUUACAACCAAAGAACAAUUUGGAGCAGGGAUAUACAAGGUUGAGUUAGACACGACCUCUUACUGGAAGAAUAUGGGUUUGAAUGCCUUCCAACACCAUGUUGAUGUGGUGUUCCCAGCUAAUGAUGCUGGUUAUCGACAUUACUCCGUUGUUUUUAUCCUUAGUCCCUUUUCUUCCUCAACUACAGCAGUUGUUAGUGAGCCAGUGGAAUAGAAGCUGACAUUAAUCAUGAAAAUUCAGAUGUGUGAAUUAAAACUUCCAUAAAUGAUAAGAACUUAGUAUCUGAUUGUAUCAACAGCUUUAGAUUUCAUAGUAAAUCACUAACAGUAAGAGUCAAGUUGUUUAUUCUCUCAGCUUUAGGAAGAAUGUAUACUGACUUUGUUUUCAAAUACUCUUCUGAAUGAAAAUGUUCUGUAUUUCUGUAUUCUGUCAGUACUGCCCUUCUGAAUAAAAGUUUGGGGUUUGAAAAAAGAACACAAAAUAAGCUCAGGAAAAAACGUAUUGAAAUUCCAUUACUGAAACUCUGAGAAUAAACCAAAGUCUUGCGUGAAGUUAAUAAA